UGUCACUUGCCUUCCACCAAACUACUGGCUCAGGUGAGACUGACGGCGACUAGAUAGAAAACUGAGGAACCAGACACUGAAACACAGACUGCUGCUGGAGGAAAAACAAGAAAAUCAAAGUACAACUUCACUCAGAGACAAAAUGGCUUCCAGAUCAGACGAUGAUCUCUGCUGUCCGGUCUGUCAGGAGAUAUUUAAGGAUCCGGUUCUUCUGUCAUGUAGCCAUAGUUUCUGUAAAGAGUGUCUGAAGAACUGGUGGAGAGAGAAACCAGCAAAAGAGUGUCCAGUUUGUAAGAGGAGGUCUUCUAAAGAGGAACCACCUUUAAAUCUGGCUCUGAAGAAUCUGUGUGAGACUUUCUUACAGCGGAGAGAGAAGAGAGCUUCAGAGGAUCUCUGCAGUCUGCACUCUGAGAAACUCAAACUCUUCUGUCUGGAUCAUCAGCAGCCAGUGUGUCACAUCUGCAGAGAUUCAGAAAAACACACCAUUCACAGAUUCAGACCCAUUGAUGAAGCUGCUCAGCAACACAAGAAGAAGCUUCAGGAAACUCUGGAGCCUUUAAAGAAGAAGCUGGAGCUCAGGAAGAAAGUUCAGAAGGAGUUUGGUCAGACAGCAGAACACCUGAAGGUCCAGGCCCGACACACAGAGAGGCAGAUUAGGGAGCAGUUUAAGCAGCUUCAUCAGUUUCUAGCAGAGGAAGAGGAGGCCAGGCUGGCUGCACUGAGGGAGGAAGAGGAGCAGAAGAGAGGGAUGAUGAAGGAGAAGAUGGAGGCUCUGAGCAGAGAGAUAGCAGCUCUUUCAGACACAGUCAGAGCCACAGAGGAGGAGCUGAGAGCUGAAGACGUCUCAUUCCUGCACAACUACAAGGCUGCAGUGGAAAGAGUCCAGCGCUGCCCCCUGCUGGAGGAUCCACAGCUGCCCUCAGGAGCUCUGAUAGACCAGGCCAAACAUCUGGGCAACCUGGCCUUCAACAUCUGGAGCAACAUGCAGACCAUGGUGACCUACACUCCUCUGGUUCUGGACCCAAACACGGCUGGUCCAGAACUCCAUCUGUCUGAAGAUCUGACCAGUUUGACUGUAGGAGAGAAACAGCAGCUUCCUGAUAAUCCAGAGAGAUUUGGAUUUUACUCCUAUUCUGUUCUGAGUUCUGAUGGUUUUAACUCAGGGAACCAUAGCUGGGAUGUUGAUGUUGGACACAGUUCAUCCUGGAGAAUCGGUGUGUUAAAAGAGUCUGUUCAGAGGAACGGAGGCAACAAGUCUGGAUUGCUGUAUAUUCGUUUUGUUUUAGGUAACUAUUCAGCACAUUCUCCACCAGCUCCUCCCACUCGUCUCUCAGUCCAGAAGAAUCUCCAGAGGAUCAGAGUGAAUCUGGACUGGGACAGAGGAAAGCUGUCCUUCUCUGAUCUGGAUACUAACACACACAUACACACCUUCACACACACCUUCACUCACAAGAUGUUUCCAUUCUUCAACACUUUUAAUACAUUAAGAUCCUACCAAUGAAUAUCUCAGUAAUCAAGCAGCAGCUCUGAUUUCAGCAUGAAGAACAAAAAGUCCAAAUGAAUCAUUAUUGAUCAGGUCAUUGAUUGGUUUUAUGAUGGAUUGAUAGUUUGCUGGUUUGGUGAAUUUCUUUUUAAUCAGGAAACUGGAGAUGUUCUGAUCAUCUGGGGACUUUUUCAUAUCUUUCUUUGUUUUCCACUGUAAUGUUUUGAACAUUGUGUUUAUUAUUUACAACAAAACAACUUUACUAUCACAACAUGUGUCCAACCAUCUACACUGCACUGCUUGACUGAUUAACAAAAUAAAGAAAGACAAAAGUCCUCGGUGAGCAGAAUUAGAAACAACAUAAGUUUAUUAUUUGAGCUUCAUCCUGUGGUCAAAAAUCCAGAAAAUAAUCUAUUUAAUUUCUUUUGCUACAUUAUUAUUUGUUCAAAUGAGCUGCUUCCAACCCAAACCUGAAGUUAUUUUAUGUUAUCUUCAUUUUGGAAGAAUUUCAUGCAAACAAAUGUGACAGCUGCUACAUGAGAACAAGUUAUUAUAUUUCAUAAAUGUCUCUUGUUAAUCUGAAACAGCAAAAAUAAAACCAGUAAAAACAAAUAAAGUUAUCAGGUUCACUGUGAUUAAUAGCUUUGUACAUCUGCAGCUAAAAAUCCUUCUGACAUCAAAAUGUGAAAAGCUCAGGCCGUUCUGCUUGAUUUAACAACAAUGCAGUGUUGGCUGAUCUGGUGAUUAUUUGUUACAUUAACCUGUUAUACAUAAUCGACAA